AUGUCAAUGCCACCCCCACCCCGCCAGCCCGGCAAGCCCCAACCCCAACCCCAAACUCAAACUCAAUCCUCCUCCAGCGCAACCUACUCCAUCCUCGAAGGCGGCCUCGUCGCUCUCGAGGACCCCACCGGCCAGGGCAACCACACCCUCAUCCAGACGCAGGCGUUCCGCGACCACGCAGGCCACGUCUGGGCGUUCCGCGCCUGGAUCCCGGCCGGCCUGGAGGCGGACCUAUACGCCGACAGCAUCGCCAACGCGCUGGCGCGGGCGGUCUUCCAGAUUGAUCCGCAGUUCCGCCCGCGGACGGACGCGGUCAUCGAUGCGGUCGUCACGCCCGAGGGGCGGGAUGAAGCCACGUCCGGGUACUGGUAUCAGAUUCGGUAUGAGGGGGAGGCGUCGUGGUGGCGGUCGGAAGUCGAGCACGUGGCGCCCAAGGUGUAUCUGCUGGGGAUGUUGCGGUAUCUUGAGGCGGAGUCGCGGGAGGAGGGGACUAGAAGGGUUGUACAGUAG